AUUGUUGAUACAAGACAAUACGAAAUGACGGAAAAUAAAUUAAUUUUAAUUUUAUCAAAAUUUAAAUAAUUAAAGUUACGAAUCUGGCAACACUGUCGUUUGAAUUGGAAUUUUUCUGUUUACGGUGCUCGUUGGGUUUUAAUUAAUUUAUUUGAAAAGUCGAUUAUGGGUCAGAGACAUUCGACUCCGUUUACGGAAGAAGAAUUACAAGAUUAUCAGGACCUGACAUAUUUCACUCGUAAAGAAAUUUUAUAUGUUUUUGAAAAAUUUAAGUCUUUGGAUCCAGAAAUCAUCAGACAGAAUAAACAUGCCAGACUUCCCAUAGAAACAGUUAUGAAACUUUCAGAAUUAAAUGUCAAUCCAUUUAAAGACAGACUCUGUAAAGUGUUUUCUUCAGAAAAUGAUGACACAAUGAGUUUUGAAGAUUUUCUAGACAUGAUGUCAGUAUUAAGCAAUAGAGCUUGCAAAAGUAUUAAAACUGAAUAUGCAUUUAGAAUUUAUGGUAAGUAAGCAAAUUAGUUAAAUUAAUUUUUCUAUCUACUAUUAAAGGCUUUGUAACUUUUCUCACUGCAAUCAAUGCUCUCUGUCCAUUGCAGUCCCUUUUAAUUGAUAGUUUUGGAAUUCCAUGGAAACAUUGACCUCUUCCAGAUACUUUUUAUUUGGUCUUCCUCCUCUUUUUCUUCUGAGAAUUUUUCCUUCAAGGAUAGUUUUUAGGAAAGUAUUGCUUAAUUAAUAAUAUAGCCUAUAAAAUUUAAUUUUCAUUUUCCCUAUUUCCUGUAUUAACUUCCUUUGUUCUGUCAUUUAAUUCAGAAUUGUUUCAUUUGUUUUCCAUUCAGUCCAGCUUAUUUUGUUUACUCUUCUCCAUAUCCACAUUUCUACAGCUUCCAGAUGGGUUGUAUCUUGCUUUCCUAGUAGCCAGCACUUACUUCCAUACAGCAAAAUGCUCUAGAGAAAUGUCAUAGUAAAUGUUUUCUUUGCUUCCAUACUUGCAUGUCUUGAUGUUAGCAGAUUUCUUUUGUUUUGGGAAGCUUGUUUCAUUGGUACUAUUCUUUUUUUGAUCUCCUGUAUACAUUUGUUACAUAGGGAGUGAAAUUACAGAAGAUAAGUAAAAUUUCUUAUUUGUUCCACCUGUUUGUCAAUCAUGAUGCUAGCUUUUGUCUUUUUGUUGUUGUUUUUACUAAUAUCACCUUUGUUUUCUUAAUGUUUAUCUUUACACUUCAUUUAGUAUACUAAGCAUAUGAUUCACUUUGCUUUCUGAAUUACUCCAUGACAUAUCAGCAAAUCUGAUGCAGCAUAUCUUUUAUUUAUCAUUAUAUCUUUUUGUCUUACUCUUCAUCUUUUGUAUAAUCUCUUCAAUGAACAUGUUAAACAAAUAUGGAGAAAGUGCACAGCCCUGUCUUAUACUCUUCUUUAUCUUUACUUCGCUCUCUUUCCCAUUGACAUUUAUAUAUGUAUACUGGUCUUUGUAUAACUGGUAAAUUAUCCUUUUAUCCCUCCAAUCUAAGUUUGCCGUCUUUUUAGUUUUAAACAGCAGAUUCCAUUUCACUAUAUUAAAUACCUUCUCUAGAUCUCUGAAUGUGAUAUACACCGAAGAGCCAUUACAUUAUGAUCACCUCCCACCUAGAGUGGGAGCUCGUCUGGAGACAAAACAAUGGCACUUGUGCGGCUCAUAUUGCCUUAUAUAAACAGCCAGUGAACUGUGUUUCCAAAUGUAGAGUUUUUAGCUGUAUCAUGGGAAAAGCAGCAGAUUUAUAAGACUUCGAUAAAGGGCAAAUCGUUAUGGCUAGGCGCCUGGGAACGUCAAUCUCAGAAACGACAUGAUUGGUGGGCUGUUCACAUGCAGUCAUUGUUAGUACUUUUCAAAAGUGAUGUACAAAUGGAGAAACAAGAAGUCGAUGGCCAGCUGUAUGCCGGCUGUGGUGCAUUGAUUCCAGAGGAGAGCGAAGACUAUUACUCAUUGUUCACUGUGACUGAAAGGCUACAGCAGCCCAAAUCACCAGUAGCUACAACAGUUGUGACCAAGACAAUGUCUCACAGCACAUAGUGCAGUGUACCCUUCUAUGUAUGAGCCUGUGUAGCCGCCAGACAUUUGAGUCCAUGCUUACAGCACGUCAUCUACAACAGUGCCUGCAAUGGGCCAGGGAGCAUUGCAGUUGGACCUUAGAAGAAUGGAAGAAAGUUGUCUGGUCCAAUGAGUAAAGUUUUAUGGUCAAUCACAUUGAUGGUUGAGUGUGGAUAUGCCAAUUUUCAAAGGAGAUUAUGGCAGCUGAAUGCACAGUUGGAGAGAUACAAGCCAGUGGAGGUGGUAUUAUGGUGUAGGUGAUGUUUUCAUGGGACACAUAAGGACCUGUCAUUGCCAUAAAACAAUCCUUGAUGGCUGUGCACUAUGUGAACAUCAUUGCAGAUCAGGUUCACCCCUUCAUGGCAACAAUGUUCCUGGCGGGGAUGGCUUGUAUCAACAGGAUAAUGCACCAUGUCAUAAGGCCCGAAUUGUCAUGGAGUGGUGGAGGAACAUUCCAGUGAAUUUCAAGUCAUGUUUUUUUAUUCUUCUUUACACACCGGAAUGUACUAAAAAUAACUCAUUACUUUGAAUCUUGUAACUGGAGUGUAUGUAUAAUACUAAAGCUAACGUU